AUGUCAAAUAAUCCCUCUUCUUCCUCAAAGCCGGUUAACGAUCUCAUACGAUUUUGGGGUAAUAAAGGAAAUUCUAAUGAGAUUAAGAAUAAAAGUAAUAACUUUGACAAUUCUCUAGCACGAAAAGAAACGAGUAACUCUAUUUUGAGUAGCAAUAAUAUUAAUAAUUUCAAGGAUCACAAUAAAAAAGCGACUGAUUUGCGAUUUCAAGAAAGAGUUGUUAGUAUUUCUGAAAUUAAGUAUAAUGAUAAUGCAACCAAAAACAAUAAUAAUGAACAUUCUACUCACAGAAGAAACGACAUAAUAUCAUCGUCGCCUGUGGAUAAUUCGCCCAAAACGAGUCUUUCAAUUAUUGAGAUACAGUCUCUAUCAAAGGAAAAUGAAAUUGGUCGGAUUGAUUGGAGCUCAAUUCCACAACCUGAACUUGAAACACUCGAUAGCAAUGCUAUAAGAGACGAUAGUGAUGACAUGUCGAUCCAAGAAAUAGUAAUAAAACCGCCACCUGCAGCAGCAUUUCUUUCAAAAUCGAUAAUUUAUGAUUCUCUUUUGACAACUCAGUCUCAUUCAAGCAAUAAUUCGUCUAAAAAGGAAGAUGAGUUUAUUGCAAUAAAACGUGGCGCCUCUGCGAAUAACAAUGAUGAAAUGUUGCCCGAAGGUCCACCCCCGAGUCGUACUCUCCCACCAAUACGUAGAGUCACGAAUCUAAUUACAAAAUUUGAAAAAAAUAAAUCAAAUUCAAAUUCAUCUGAAUUAUCUAGUAAUUUGGCUUCACCGUCAUCAGCAUCCCCUAUCUCAUCUUCUACACCUUCAUUCUACCAAAGAAAACACGAUAGCAUAAUUCAUGAAAAGAGCAACAAUAAUAAUUCUCCAUCACCAUCAAACAUUGAUGCUAAUAACAACCAACAUCUGACACAGAACCAACCACCAUCAUCACCAAAGCUAUUAUCAGAUUUUUAUGAAACCAUCGAUAAUCAACAACAAAAAGGAAAAUCUUCCAAUAUCUACCGAGUGAUUGGGUCCAAAUUUUUUAACGAUUCAUCCAAUAAAAAGUCUCAUGCGCUAACAUCGGCACAAGAGACCAACAGUUAUAUGAUGGAGAAGAUUAACGAGAAGAAAAGCAUAACUAAUGAUUCGUGUCAUAAUGAAUCUAUUUUUGAUAGUCAUAGCUUGGCAAUGACUAAUAAUCAUAAAAAAGAAAAAUUGAACACUGGUAGCAAUUUUGACAUUAACAUUAAUGAUAAUCGAAAUAGUAUUAUUAAUAGGUCCGAUUCAAUAUCUAAAAUUAAUAAGAUUACCAAAUCAAAAAGUGAAUCGAAGAAGCGUCAAACAACAAUAACUAAAAAUUUACAAGAGUUACGGCAUCCAAGAAGACAAUCAACGUCGUCCAAAAGAACCCAUCAUGGUCACAACAGCAAAUUAGAACGAAAAAAAACUGUGCUAGGCCCACGACCUUAUUCAAUAAGAAGACCAGUACCGUCAGCAUCUACUUCUACUAACCAUCCUUUGCCACCUCAACGAAGCCAAUUAUCACGAGCAAAUACAUUGCAAAAACACAAAGAAUUAUCACGAGCCAUCUCGAUAGAAAGUCAAAUGCACGAUCUUCCCGAAUACACAUCAUCGAAAACGAAAUUAUCGUUAAUGGUGCCACAUAAAAUUGCAAACUCUGAUUACGGAAAAUUAAAUCACUCUGUACCAGAUCUAACGGCUCGGAAUCGCGAUAGUAAUUUUAAUCAUAAUUAUCGGAAAAAUAAUCAAACUGUUCCUGAUUUAACGAGAAUAGAGAUAUUUCUCAAAUCAGAAAAGAAUAAUGUUAAUAGUCACAGUUAUAACAAGAAAAAUACGCUUGAGUUUGAUUUAACAAAAAUAACGAAAUUUAGUUUUGAUACAUAUGAUGAGUCGAACGAAAUUAAUGAACUAUUUAAACCGGGGGCACCAUGGAUCCAUUUGCCGCGACUAGAUGAAUUCAUUAAAUCCCUGCCGAGAACAGAAUUCACAUCACCCAAAGACAUUAUGACCGAUGAAGAAUACCAACAAUUCAUGGGACAACUUAAGUUCUACAAAACGGAGAUUUUCCCUCCAAUGAAUCAGAUUCCCGAUGAUCUUACACUUGAUGAUCUAAAGAACAAUAACUCCAAAUCAAGUACUAAUAGAAGCCAGCGGAUGCAAAAUGACAUAAUUUCUGCUGGUAUCGACGGAGUACUUGGCGCUGAAGGAUCAGUGUAUGGGAUUAAUAUUAUGAAAUUGGAAAUCUUUCGGGAUUUUAUACAGCUUCUCACGUUAGCUUUGUCGUUUGUCACACCAAAUAUAGUUGGAGCCUGGUUACAUACUUUAUUGAAUACACUGCCGAAUUUGUUUGGUUUAAACUUUCAAGAUGUGUUUGGAAACGGAUUUGCUUUUUUGUUGGCAUUUUUUUUAAUCUGCUUUGCAGCACUUUAUUGGUUCAGGAAGAUGACAAAAUAUGACCCGAAUGAAGAAGUCGAGGGACUAGAAUCGCAUCCUUGGAAUCUUCGUCCAGAAAGAAAUAGAAGGGAAAAUAUUGUCGUGGUAUUCAUGAUCACAUCUUUGUAUUUGCCUUUAUCAAAACUUUCAAUUGACGCGCUUGUAUGGUCGGAUACUUUUUGGCCUGUUACGAAUCCAUAUCAAACUACUGAUACGCCCGAAUUCACCUCACUCGGUCCCUCGGAUAUUUAUCGAGCACCAGAUGACUUUUGUUAUGUGACUAGUAUGCGAAAACAAGAUUUAAAUUUUGCGUUCAUCAUUAUCCCAAUAGCACUCUUAAAUCUUGCAGUAUUGACUGUAUGGUUUCCGAUAGCGGUGAAACGUUUGGUAGACAAAAAUCUUCCAAAACUCGACCACUUCAAUGAAAUGGGUGAAGCUCGAAAAGACCUUGACAAAGAAUAUAAAGAAUUAUUAGACAAAGACACAUGCCCCUACAAUUUCCUAUAUAACGGGUAUAAUCGACGAUGGGCAACCUACAAAACCGCCAUCAUGCUCAAUAAGUUUGUCAAUAUACUGAUAGUGGUGAUCCUCUCCAAAGACAAUUGUCUAUUUCGUUCGUUUGGACGCACGCGGAUCGAAACAAUACGACAAGCUUUGCAAAUCACGCUAAUGGUUAUUUUAUUGCUUAAUCACUGGCGACACCAGCCAUUUCUUUUGCAAAGUCAAAACGUCAGUGAAUUUUGGUCAAGAUUCGGGUUGAUGUUUACAAGUUUUUUGGGGUUGUUUGUCGUGCUUCAGAUUGGAUCUGUUAACGCGACUUCUAUUGCAAUAACUGUCAUUAAUUAUGGGAUGGCAGUGGCGGUGGUCUGGUAUGUGGUUAAGGAGACUGAUCGAUUCCAGAGUUUCGUAAAAACUGUGCAACAACGAUUGGAUUUUUCAAUAAAUAUCUUUUCACCGAAAUUAAAUCUCAAUAAACAUAUUAAACGGAGAAUAUGGCAAGAGACAUGGACCACGCUUCUUUUAACUGGUGACCAAUUCAAAAUGCCCGAGGGGAAAAUAGUCGCCUUCUCACAAAGCCAGUAUCGACCUCCCUAUCUCCUAAAUUUCAGCGGCUCAGUCGCCGAAAGACACAUCGAAAACUUGAAAAUAAUCCAACAAAUUGGGAUAAAGCAAUACACCACCUCAGUUGCCCCAUUGCCUGUGGCCCUAGCGAAAAUGAGACAAAAAAUCUCCAACGAUUUUGUGGGGCCGGAUAUGUACUACGCGCCGGAAACGUUGAUGAUUAACCUGAAAACAUAUUUCGGGAAAGCAUAUGUCGUGCCGUUUCCGUUCUCAGUGGUGUUCGUCUAUGAUGAAGAUGAUUCGGUUGUGACGCUUACGAAGGAGUGGGAGAUUGAACGGUAUAUUCGACAGAAUGAAGAUCGAGAGAUUGAAAGACGGCGUGGAGUUAGGCAGAUGCUUAGGGCGUUGGAAGGAAAGAUUGUUGUGGGUCCUUGUUCCGACAUUGGUGGUGGUCAUAGUGCACAUUCGUCCUUUGGUAUACAUUAUCAUCGAGGCCUUUUAUCAAUACAACGUAAAGAAGGAUCUCGAUGGCGAGGCAUAAACAUGAAUUCUGGAUUCGAAGUUACCAUCACAUAUACAAGUCGUGGUGAAAUAGAUAAUUAUGAUGACAGAGAAACAUCACCGGAACUGCCCUCACAUGAAUGCACAGUCGGUCAUGACAUUCUAGGUAUAACCACAGACUUUGGAUUGACUCCUCAACUACAACGUCUCUUCGCCGAUAACAGCAAACUUAUCGAAUCAGGAUUCCCAAAAGUCCGUGAUUUAAUGAACGAAUACCGCCAAUUCUACUAUAAAGAAGCAAUCCACAAAGUAGAAACCCUCACCUAUGCCUUUUUCAUAAAUAUCUACGACAAUCCCUCCAUCCCACUAGAAUCUCUUCCUACAUUAUUAAUGUCCACUGAAGAAAACCCUUUAAUUCAAUCAAUCCCCGAAACGGAGUACCCAUCCCUCGUCUACCUCUACGAACGAAUGCGCAUUGUGAACCUGUCUCGCGUGCAUCAAUGGUGGUUCCUAUUUUGGGAUGACUUGUGGCGGAAAAAUUCGCAUGAGAUACAGAAUUUGUCAAUGCAUCCGCAAGACUUUUCGCCAGCGUAUCGGAAGAGUAUAUGUUAUCGACCGAUGAUGCGUCUCGAAUUGGAAGAGUUUUUGGAGAGGCGUGGGUGUUGGAAGAAUAAUGGAAAAACGGGGUUCUUGCAUUCUGGCGUUUUGAAUCGGAUUUACCUUUAUCUGAACAAUGUUAUUUUUUAUGGUAGCAUAAGGGAGAAAAGGCGAAGGAAAGGAAAGGAAGAAGAUCGUAAAAAAGAAAGUCUGGAUGACAGUACUUGGAAUAGUAAUAUUGUGUUGGGUCGUGUGCAAUGGACAUUGCGAGAACGGUUGGUCCAAGGAAAAGACAUUUUACUUGGGCGACGACCGAACCCGCGAACUCGACCAUUUUUUAACAUUAUCGUCCUAAUCCCCCCGUAUUCGCCAAUGCGAUGCUGGAACUUGUCCCCUGGACACGAAAUGAACAUUAACGAUUUGGGAAUGUGUAGGUGCCGCGAUAUUGCAUCUAUUGUUUUUGGGUUGAAUUGGCCUUGGAUGAAUAUCUGUGUUGUUUGGUGGAUGUCAGCAGAUAGAGAAUAUCAAAGAAAAUUGGAAACAAGAGAAAAAAAAAUAAAAAAUCAACCUCAUCAAGAACACGAUGAUUCGCUUCAAGUCGUGGAGGUAUCUGUAAAAGGAACAAUGAAAAAACCGCUAGAACAAGUUUUUCAAGACCUACGUCACAUAACACGAAAAUAA